GGGAGGAAGAGAGGCUUGGAGCAGGGGAGGGCAGCCACAAUACAGAGGCGCUAGGAGGGCAUACUGCACCAGCUACAGUGAAAGAUUAAAAGGUGGGAAGGAGGAGGUGGCUCACCAUGGCCUUGGCGGACAAUGCGAGCUGUGCCAAACCCAGUGAUGACUUCCUUUUCCCAGAGAUCAUUGAGCUCAAUGUGGGUGGGCAGGUCUACAUCACACGCCAUCCCACCUUGGUCAGUGUGCCCGGCUCAUUGCUCUGGGAAAUGUUCACUCAGAAGAACAUCCGCUCCUUGGCCCGGGACAGCAAGGGCCGCUUCUUUGUGGACCGAGAUGGUUUCCUCUUCCGCUACAUCCUGGAUUACAUGAGGGACCAGCAGCUGGUGCUACCCGAGCACUUCCCGGAGAGGAACCGCCUGCAGCGGGAAGCCGAGUACUUCAAGCUACCGGAGCUGGUCAAGAUGCUGUCUCCAAAGCUCAGCAAGCAGAACUCCAUCGGGGAUGACCCGUGCCAAAGUGACCCAGAGGAGCUGUCUCCCAGUGCGGACACGGCCCGCAACCUUGCCUCUGCCAGCGCCGCCCUGACUAAUGCCCCCGCGGGCUCCUUUGCCUCCAGCGGGGGCGGCGCUGGCCCAGACAUCCGAAGGUCAGGUUUCAUCACCAUCGGCUACCGGGGCACCUACACCCUGGGCAGGGACAGCCAGACGGAUGCCAAGUUCCGCAGGGUGGCGCGGAUCAUGGUGUGUGGCAAGACCUCGCUGGCCAAAGAAGUCUUUGGGGACACCUUGAACGAGAGCAGGGACCCUGACCGGCCUCCGGAGAGGUACACCUCCAGGUACUACCUCAAAUUCACCUUCCUGGAGCAAGCCUUUGACAAACUGGCCGACGCCGGCUUCCACAUGGUGGCGUGCAACUCCACGGGCACCUGCGCCUUUGCCCAUGACCAGACAGACGACAAGAUCUGGACCUCUUACACCGAAUAUGUUUUCUACCGUGAGUGA